UAAAAAAUCUUUUAAUGUCGCCACCGGUACUUCGCAUCGCUGACCCAGAACGACCCUUCGAAGUCAUCACCGACGCAAGUGACAUUGCCAUCGGAGCGGUGCUCAUGCAAGAUUUCGGCAAUGGUCUUCAACCAAUCGCGUACGAGUCUCGCAAAAUGCAAUCUGCCGAGAGCAACUACCCGGUACACGUCAAGGAGAUGCUGGCGAUUGUCCACGCAUUCAAAAUCUGGAGGUGCUACCUGACUGGAGCAGACGUGACGGUGGGAACCGAUCAUAAAUCUCUACAGUACCUGAGAGCGCAGCCGAAUCUCAACCCGCAGCAGAUAUGCUGGCUGGACUAUCCGGAGUCCAACUUCACGUACAAGAUCACGUAUGAAAAGGGCGCCAACAAUAUUGCCGACGCCCUUUCCACGCCAUCUGCCCAGCUCGCAGCAGUACUAGUCGCCCAGAGCAACCCGCUACUAAUCUUGGGAAUGGAUUGGUUACGUGCAAAUGAGGUUAUUUUGGAUUUCCAGGAUAACACCGUUUCUUUCACCAAGAAUGGUGAACCAAUCCAGUGGCAGGUGUCUGUCGACACAACCAUCCCGGUGGUUCAAAUUACGAAAAGUGCAGACGUGUGCUUUGCUCUUGCAUGUCAAUUUGGACAGCAUUACCGCGUUGCUAACACACUUUUCGUCGUACAGCUCGAGGAAGCUGGAACCCCAACGCCAGACAUUGAGGAUUUUCCACCUCAAAUGAAGGUACUGGCGGAUGAGUUUAAGGAGGUUUUUGAGGCUAUUCCAGACGGACUCCCUCCUGACCGCGCCGUGGGCCACACCAUCCCUGUGGAGCCUGGAAAGCUCCCACCGUUUCGACCUCUGUAUCGCCUCAGCCUAGCUGAGUACGAGGAGGCUAAACAACAAAUUGAGGAGUACCUCAGGAAGGGAUGGAUUGAGCCAAGCGCAUCACCAUAUGGAGCACCAAUCUUGUUCGUUAACAAGAAGGGUGGUGGCUUACGCAUGUGCGUCGACUACCGCGCCUUAAACAAGAUCACGAUCAAGAACAGAUAUCCUCUUCCAAGGAUAGAAGACCUGUUCGAUCGACUCCAGGGUGCUCAGUGGUUUAGCGCGUUGGAUCUGGUACAGGGGUACCACCAACUGCGCAUCACUGAGGAAGAUGUUCCCAAGACGGCGUUCCGUUCGCCGUUUGGCCAUUUUCAAUGGCGUGUGCUUAGCUUUGGCUUGACCAAUGCUCCAGCCUCUUUUCAAAGGGCCAUGAACGAUGUGUUCCGCGAAGCAAUCGGGCACUUUGUUCUGGUUUACCUUGACGACAUCUUGGUUUAUUCCAAGACUGAAGAGGAGCACACUCAAUACCUAAAAUGGGUGUUAGGAAAGUUGCGAGAACACAAGUUCUAUGCUCGUUUAUGGAAAUGCCAUUUCUACAAACGCGAGUUGGAAUACCUCGGUCAUCUUGUCGGGAACGACGGACUUAAAGUCGACCCCAAGAAGGUGGUGGCUGUUCAGAAUUGGCACGUCCCACAAGACGUGGGCCAGAUCAGAUCCUUCCUAGGCCUGGCCAAUUAUUUUCGCCGGUUCUUGGAAAAUUACUCAACUGUCGUUGCCCCUCUGACAGCACUCACCCGAAAGGGUAGUGCAUGGGAGUGGACUCGACAAUGCCAAGAGGCAUUUGACAAAGUCAAAACAAAGCUGACCAAUGCUCCGGUUCUGGUAUUGCCAAAUCCUUCUAAACCCUAUGAGGUGGUCACAGACGCCUCGACAGUAGGGAUUGGGGCGGUACUCUUGCAGGAGGGCCGCCCAGUGGCAUUUGAGAGUAGGAAACUCUCCCCGGCAGAGCAGCGCUAUACGACGUCAGAACAAGAGUUGCGGGUGGUCGUGCAUGCGCUGCGCACAUGGCGAUGUUAUCUGGAAGGUGUGGAGUUUGUGGUCACGACAGAUCACUGUCCGAACACCUAUUUUUCUACUCAAGCCACGCUCACUCGGCGCCAAGCCCGCUGGGCAGAACUCCUUAGUGGGUUCACAUUCGAUAUUCGAUAUCGUGCAGGUUCUACGAACAUGGCUGACCCCCUCAGCAGACAGCCGAUAGGGGCAGCGACUGGGCUUGAAGACACCGAGGAUAAGGCAGUGGUUGCUGCUUGCUUCGGUAUUCUUGCCGUGGCUCGAGUGAGUGAGGUCACCUUCAGUGGUUUUCUGAAACGCAUCCGCACAGGAUACCAUAUUGACUCCUGGUUUCAGAACCCACAAAAUACGAAGGGCCUCAAGUACGAGCAUGAGCUCUGGUGGCGAGAGCAAGAGAUUGUGGUACCCCACGUGGGUAACCUGCGGAAUGAUAUAAUUGAGGAAGUGCAUAGCACCAGGUACGGGGGACACCUGGGUAUCAAGAAAACCCGGUGGGCCUUAAGUGACGUGUACUGGUGGCCUGGAUUGGGGACUGAGGUCCAACAAUUCGUGUCGCGUUGUGAUGCAUGCGCACGCAACAAGUCAGACACGAAAAAGCCUGGUGGUUUGCUUCAACCACUGGAGAUUCCAGACGAACCCUGGGAGAGUGUCUCACUGGAUUUCAUCACAGACCUCCCAAAAACACGAGACGGUCAUACUGCAAUCUUGGUCUUUGUGGAUCGACUGACCAAAAUGGUGCACUUCGUUGCUACUACGACAGACGUAUCUGCGGAAGAUACGGCCAAGUUGUUUGUAGCACACGUGUUCCGCUUACACAGGUUACCGCGUGUGCUGGUGUCCGAUCGAGAUCCGCGCUUUACAAGCCGGUUCUGGCACGAAGUUACACGGACACUCGGAACGAAGCUAAAGAUGUCGUCAGCCUUCCAUCCCCAAACGGAUGGGCAGACAGAGCGGGCGAAUCGUACACUUGAGCAAAUGCUUCGUUCAUUCAUUGGCCCAACUCAGGAUGAUUGGGAUGACUUGUUACCUGUGGUUGAGUUCGCAGUGAACAAUUCCGUCCAUGAAGGUACCCACGAAAAACCCUUCAUUCUGAACUGUGGUCGGCAUCCCACGACACCUGCUACGCAUGGGAUAGGCGGACUGCGAGUCCCUGCCGCGCAAGACUUUGUGGGCAAGCAGCAAGAAGCGCUCAAGUCUGCUCGCCGCUGGCUGCAACUGUCUCAGCAGCGACAAAAGUCUUCUGCCGACAUGAAACGCCGGGAAGUCUCUUUUGAGGUUGGAGACAAGGUAUUAUUGAGCACGAAGAACAUUCGUCUCAAAAUCCAUGGGGCACGAAAGCUGUUCCCUCGAUGGAUUGGGCCAUUCGAGGUGAUCCAGCGUGUUGGUGUGGUAGCUUACAAGUUGAAGUUACCCGGAACAUUGCAGAUUCACAAUGUCUUCCACGUGUCUCUGCUCAAUAAGUACAUUGCUGAAGGCAAGUACUUACCUCCGCCAACAAUCGUCCUCGGAGAGGAACUCUUUUAUGAAGUGUAGGCUGGCGCUUGCCCAUUGCUGCAGC